AUGAGUUUCGGAGCCCCCGGAGGUGGUUCAGUGAACAUCAAGCCUACACCGCCCGAGCGCGGUAGCUUCCCCCUCGACCAUGAAGGAGAAUGCAAGCACAUUAUCUCGGGAUACUUGAAGUGUAUCAAGCUCAACAGAGGCACCAACGACGAGGCGUGUCGCAAAUUGGCCAAGGACUAUCUUGCCUGUCGGAUGGACAAAAAUCUCAUGGCCCCAGAUAGUUUUGAGAACCUGGGUCUGGUCUUCAAAGGCGCAGGAGAGAAGGGACCGGACUCAGCGCCACCGACCGAUGCAACAGAAGGCAAGAAAUGA